UAAUCUAAUUUGAUAUAUCUGAUAACUGCCUGACAACUCUGUCCCGGUAGCUGACACGGGCAGCUAAAAAGAAAACUCCAACAUUUAUAAAAAAGGAAAAACUAAAAACUAAAAUAGAAAAAUACUUUUUUUUUUCUUUAAAAUUUUUUUCCCAUCACUCGCUUUUAAAGACAAACUACUUGAAUAUGAAUUUUUUUUUCUAAAUUAAGAGAGGCCAGACCACCACCCGCCACCACAGGAGGGCGUCGCCGGCGACGGUGGUGAAGGGUCGUAGGAAGUGUAAAGCCCGUUUUGUUAUCUUAAAAGAUGGGUCAAGGGCUGAGUUGUGGAGCGAGUCAAGAGAAUGUAUUGUUUAGUGCAGUUCAAGUUGGAGACCUUGAAACUGUGGAAGCUUUAGUAAAGAGAGAAUCCAAUCUUUUACAUCAUACGACUGUUUAUGAUCGCCACUCUGCUCUUCAUAUAGCUGCUGCUUAUGGCCAGAUCGAGAUUUUGGCUAUGCUUUUGGAGAAAUCCGUGAACCCGGACGUAGUGAAUCGUCAAAAGCAGACUCCCCUUAUGUUGGCUGCAAUGCAUGGGAAUAUCUCUUGCGUGAAGAAGCUGAUUGAAGCUGGGGCAAAUAUCUUAAUGUUUGAUUCAAUUCAUGGAAGAACUUGCUUGCACUAUGCAGCCUAUUAUGGUCACUCUGACUGCCUUCAGGCUAUUCUCUCUGCUGCUCAAUCUAGCCCUGUUGCUGUUUCAUGGGGAUAUGCACGUUUUGUGAAUAUAAGAGAUGCCAAGGGAGCUACUCCCUUGCACUUAGCAGCUCGUCAAAGGCGGCCUGAUUGCGUACAUAUCCUGUUAGACAAUGGUGCUCUUGUUUGUGCUUCAACUGGUGGAUAUGGUUGUCCAGGAAGCACACCUCUUCAUUUAGCUGCUAGAGGUGGAUCUCUUGAUUGCAUCCGCAAGUUGUUGGCAUGGGGUGCGGACCGUCUUCAAAGAGAUGCAUCCGGGAGAAUACCUUAUGUAGUUGCUCUAAAGCACAAGCAUGGGGCAUGUGCAGCUCUGCUAAAUCCUUCAUCAGCAGAACCUAUUGUCUGGCCGGCACCUUUAAAGUUUAUUAGUGAGCUUAAUGAGGAGGCAAAAACACUAUUAGAACAAGCCUUAAUGGAUGCAAACCGGGAAAGAGAAAAGAACAUCCUGAAGGGAACAGCUUCCUCAAUUCCAUCACCUUCACAAUCUGAUUCUGGGUUAGAUGACAAUAUCUCUGAGGCUAGUGAUACUGAACUAUGCUGCAUAUGCUUUGAGCAAAUCUGCACAAUUGAAGUUCAAGACUGUGGUCACCAGAUGUGUGCACAAUGCACACUGGCAUUAUGCUGCCACAACAAGCCAAACCCUACAACUGCAAGUCUAACACCCCCCGCAUGCCCCUUUUGCCGGAGCACCAUUGUCCGAUUGGUGGUAGCCAAGAUAAAGAAUCAUGAUGAUGUGGAUCAUGACAUCGGAGAUGUUAGUUCCUCAAAGCUGAGAAAAACAAGGAAGUCAAGGAAUUUUAGUGAAGGAAGCAGUAGCUUCAAGAGCUUAUCUGCAGUUGGUUCAUUCAGCAAGAUCAGUGGCCGAGGCUCCGGAAGGAUUGCUGCAGAAAAUGAAUGUAUUGAUAAGCCUUGAAAAAACAUGGGUUGUCAGUCAAGGACAUUCUCUUUCACACAAUGGGAGAAAAAUCGAGCAAUCAUGGUCAGUGCUAGACCCAUUAGUUAUAUAUGUUAGAUGGAAGGGAGGUCCAUAUGUAGAUUUUGGGGGAAAAUAAGCGAAGGAAAUAAGUUUCAUGGACUUGGUAAGUUUGAAAAUAGCUUCAUUGGGUCCUAUAUUUGUUGUAAUCUUUUGUUUGCUUUAGAUUGAAGUGGCGUUGGCCUUAUUGAGGGUGUAUUAAUUUAAAUGCCUGAAUUAAUAGUGAAAAAAUAUAUACCAAAAAUAAAAGAAA